CUUCAUCUCGGCACGCAGACUAGUAGUGAGAGAGGGAGAGUGAGUGGAAGAGCGAGAGCGAGCGAGCGAGCCAGAGAGCAGGGAGACAGGGAAGGGACGGAGCGACAGACACUGAAUAAUAGUGACCACCAAACGUCACAAUAUUUCUCUCCAAUUUCAUCUCAAACCCCGUCGGCGCUUGGAUGAAACAAAACCUAUCGAUCUGUCAGUGUUACACCUGGAUCCACUGACCAGCUAAUAGCAGGCAUGUCCCGAAGGAAACAGAGCAACCCACGGCAAAUCAAACGUCCUCUGGACGAUGGCCUGGAGGAGGAGGAGGAGGAGUGCGUCUCGGAGGAGAGCGAGCGAGAGCAGGCCGCCAAAGAGGAGUUCUCCACGGAGGAGGGCUUCAACGCAGACUUUGAGGCUGAGAACCUCAGCUGCGAGGGCAUGGACUACUUCUGCAACAAAGGAGGGGAAGAGGAGGGCAGCAGGGAGGGGGCAGACGCUGAGAUGGACACCUCUUCUGAGAAGCCCAGACACCCCCCACCGGAGACAGAGGAGUGGGACGGACCAAGAGAGCUGGACGUCUUCCACAAAGAGGGAGAGCGGCGCGUUCACACCCGUCAGCAGCUACCUGUGGGCACCACGUGGGGACCCUUCGAAGGCAAGAUCGAAACCACUUCCGAUGGGGGAAACUUGAAGACCAAGAGCUCGGUCCCGUUGGUGCUGAACGCUGGCCCCAGGUGGCUGCAGGAUGUGACUUGGCAGGGGGCGGAGGACAACAAAAACAACUGUGUGGUGUACAGCAAAGGAGGCCAGCUGUGGUGCACCACCACCAAGAACCUGCUGGAGGGCGAGGAGCUGGUGGCGUUCGUGGUGGACUUUGACUCGCGGCUGCAGGCGGUGGGCCACAUGUCCAUGAGCGAGGGGAUGUACCCGGCGCGCCUCCUCGACAGCAUCCAGCUGCUGCCCCAGCAGGCCGCCAUGGCCUCCAUCCUGCCCACCGCCAUCGUCAACAAGGACAUCUUCCCCUGCAAGGCGUGCGGGAUCUGGUUCCGCAGCGAGAGGAACCUGCAGGCCCACCUGAUGUACUACUGCAGCGGUCGCCAGAGGGAGCUAGAGAGCGUGGCUGAGGACAGCGAGACCACCAACCACCACCACCAGCAGCAGCAGCAUCAGCAGCCGCCCAGCAUCUGCCCCUUCCCACAAUGCAACAAGAGCUUCUCCAGCCCACGCUCCCUGGAAUUGCACCUAAGCACACACAGCGGUGUCAAAAUGGAGGAGAGUCUGCCGCCUGGCACCAGCCUGAAGUGCACCGUCUGCAGCUACACGGCCGACUCGCCGCUCACAUUCCAGCACCACAUCAUCUCGCACCUGUCACAGGCGGCCUUCCGAUGCAACCACUGCCACGUGGGCUUCCAGAGCCACCGGGAACUGCUGCAGCAUCAGGACCUGCACGGCCACCACUCGGGGAAGCAGCACCUGCGCCGCGGCGGCGGGGACAACAACACAACAGUCACCAACGCCGCAGACGGCGACCACCACUCCCCGCGCACCGGAGACGACGCCCUGCACCACCAGGCCCGGGCCGAGCUGGCAGGUGGCCGGAAGGACGUGUUGCUCCCGAGCCCCAAGGGGGCGCCGGCGGGUAAGGACAGCAGCGGUGGCGUGGGCGUGGAUUUGGACAUGGAGCGGCCGGAGAAGAAGCCGGCGCUGUCCAUGCAGAAGCCCGACGGCCACCCGGUGAGCAAGGCCAGCUUCUCGUACACGCGCAUCAAGUCCGAGCCCUCCAGCCCGCGGCUGGCCUCCUCGCCCGUGCAGCACAGCAUGGGCCCCAGCUUCCCCAUGGGGCCCUUCCUGUCCCAGUUCGCCUUCUCGCAGGACAUCUCCGUGGUGCCGCAGGCCUCGGAGAUCCUGGCCAAGAUGUCGGAGCUGGUGCACCGGCGCCUCCGCCACGGCGGCAGCAGCUAUCCGCCGGUCAUCUACAGCCCGCUCAUGCCCAAGGGCGCCACCUGCUUCGAGUGCAACAUCACCUUCAACAACCUGGACAACUACCUGGUCCACAAGAAGCACUACUGCAACAGCCGCUGGCAGCACAUGACCAAGUCGCCCGAUUUCUCCGGCAUGUCCGACAAGGCGGCGCAGGAGUCGGUGAGCCCGAACAGCGGGCACAGCGCCGUGAGCAGCAUGCUGCCUGGCUGCCACACCACAGAGACAGACAGUAACCUCCUGCCGUCCACUUGCAUCAGCUCCUCGGUGCUCGACAUGAUGAACGCUGCUGGGGUGAAAGGCUCUGAGAAGGACCUCCUGGCAGCUCAGGUGAAGAAGGUCACCACGCCCACCGGUGUGGAGGAGCGCUUGAACGGCAAACAGCCAGAGGUGAAGAGCCCCAGCACAGGCCUGGGCGAGGCGGACAACGACCCCAACAAGACCACGUGUGAGGCGUGCAACAUCACCUUCAGCCGCCACGAGACCUACAUGGUGCACAAGCAAUACUACUGCGCCACGCGCCACGACCCGCCCAUGAAACGCAUGUCCGCCAACAAAGUCCCGGCCAUGCAGCGGACCAUGAGGACGCGCAAGCGCCGGAAGAUGUACGAGAUGUGCCUGCCGGACCAGGAGCAGAGGCCGCCCAUGGGGCCGCACCAGCCGGGGUUCCUGGGGGUCCCCACCUUGGGCAACCCUUGCUCUUCCCAAGAGGCUGUGGAGAACCUGGCCGACCGCUUCCACCCACGGCAUGACAUCUUCCCCAGCAUGGUCCCCAAGCACCUGGAGGCAUCGCUCACCGUCAGCAAGUCCAUCCUCGGCCCCAAGUGCAAUACGGUCGACUCGUCGCACGAGCUGGACGCGCCCAUGGAUCUCAGCAAAAAAUGCUCGCCACACUCCGACUCCGGCCCAAAGUCGGGGAACUCUCCCAAAAGACUUUUGGAUUACCAUGAAUGUACCGUGUGCAAGAUCAGCUUCAACAAGGUGGAGAACUACCUGGCGCACAAACAGAACUUUUGCCCUGUGACGGCAGCGGCGGCUACCCACCCAACAACACCCAACGACAUUGGUCCUCUCAAACCUCCCAUGUUCCCGGACGUGAAAAACGAAGGCCUCAAUUCUGAGGACGCCUUCGACAAGAACCCUGUCAAAUGUGAGAAGAACGGCGGAGGUGACCUGAUGGUUCCAAACGGCGGCCUGUAUCCCCCGCCACCACACCACCUGGGCCCGGUACCACCGGCGCUCAAGGCUUUUCCCGACCCGUUGCUCGGGCCCAACAAAGACGACAGCAAGAACAUGUUUCUGCCCCACUGCCUGUACCCCGGAGCAAUAAAGAAGGUGAAGACGAGCAACGAGCAGAUCUCGCCUCCUUACUUUGGCCUGAAGCCCAGUGACUACCUGACUGGCGGAUUGCUGACGCCCAACGAGGGUGGUGAGCAGGAGCAGGCAGUGGCAACAAACGGAGCCCCAGAGGCUGGAGGCAAGGAGCCCCCACCACCAUCCGCCAACGGAUGCCACCCAGGCAAAGACGGGCUGCCUCUGUUGCCCAACAACAGGGGCAUGGUGAUCGUAAACGGAGGGCACAAGCCAGACGAUCGCCCAGCUUCCUCCACCCCCCAGCAGCAGCAGCAAGAGAGCCAAGCCCUGCAGCAACCACAACCCCCAGGCACUGCAGAUGGGCACUGUUCCCCGACGUGGAACACGGAGAACCCGCCUGAUGCCCAGGAGAACGCCUCUCCCAACGGAGCCAAGUCUCCCAGCGAGGAGGCAGCUCCACAGUCGGCCGUCAGCAAGGGAGUCAACGGCUCUGCCCAGAGCGCAGGCAGUGGCAAGUACUGCCGCCUGUGUGACAUCCAGUUCAAUAACCUGUCAAACUUUAUCACUCACAAGAAGUUCUACUGUUCGUCACACGCCGCUGAACACGUGAAAUGAACA